AUGUCCUCAUCCGUUGGGUCCUCUGUUUUCCAAGAUCUCCCUUGCCAACGUUCAUCAACUUUUGAAUAUGAGGAAAUUCAAACUGGGUACUGGAAAUUUAAAAUUGGCGGGUUUGACGCUAUGUGUUGCGAGCGUUUGCCACAUGAUAAGGGCGUGAACAGAGUUUGUGUGAAUGUUUGGCUGCUCGCACCUCCCUUCAACAUUGCUUCAACGCGGCCUCCAAGCACCUUCCUGAUAUCCAUGGUUGCAUGUCGGACUUGUCCUCCAAUAUUAUGCUGGCCCAACCCUCGUCCCGUCGACCUCUGGUCAACAUAUUUUAGAAGUAAUGGAAGAUUUUUACACAGAGCAAUCUCGUCGUCAGUGGUCCCUUACGCUGGGUCCAUAUCCUUGGAAAAUGUCAAGAAGGACCUGGGACCUUUCGGAGACGAACAAAUCGACCGAGUUUCUUGGCCACCAUACAAAUGCAAGUUCAAUCUUGACUGUGGCCGUCUGGUAAAGUUCUCCUCUGGCUGGGAGUCAAAUGACAUUCUCCUGGUAUCUUCGGCUCUAAGGUGGAUUUCUGCAUUUUUCUGGAUACUCCCAACACGGAUGUUUUGCUUUGCCGUUCCUCCUACCGGGGGUUAG